AUGACUCUUCCUACCUUGCCACCAGUUGUUCUUGGGAUGUUACCAAAUUCUACCGUACUUCCACCUCAUUAUCCUAUACAACUAGCUGAUAGAAGUUCAAUUUCUAUGGUGAAUCCCGAGAAUCCACCACAAUACCUGAGUGCUACCCCUGCAUCGUAUUCUUCGUUUGUUCAACAGGACCGACUUCAACCAUCCGCAUUUUAUGCAUCACAGCAAUGGUCUUCACCAGUAUCAGAUAAUGCUCUACCGUAA